AUGGUCCCAAACGAAGCUAACCAAUAUUAUGGAAUCAUCCAGUUGCUCCAAUAUUUUGGGUGGACAUGGAUCGGGCUCAUGGCCCUUGAUAAUAACAAUGGAGAGAAAUUCUUGCAGACUAUGGAAUUAUUGCUUUCCCAGAAUGGAAUAUGUACAGCUUACACAGAACGAAUCCCUCAUGAAAUUAGUUUGGAUAACCUAGAACCCAUUAUUGAGAAGGCAUCAUAUAUCCACGUUCCGUUAACUGAUCAUCAAGCCAACACUUUCAUUGUUUAUGGAGAAUCGGUGACAAUAGCACGGCUCAGAGCCAUUGUAUUCGUGCAAGACCCCGCAAAUAAAGAAAAGGACUCAUUCAGAAAGGUUUGGAUCAUGACCAGCGGGAUUAAUUUCAUACUCCCAGGAAUUCAGAGAGGUUGGGAUCUUGAUUUAUUCCAAGGAGCCAUUUCUUUUAUGGUUCACUCAAGAGAACUUCCAGGAUUCAAAACUUUCCUCCAGAUGGUAGAACCUUCGUGGACCCAAGGAGAUGGUUUCUUUAAGGACUUUUGGGAGCAAGCCUUUGACUGUUUGCUCCCAAACCCUGAUAUGUCAGUUAAGGAUGAUGAAAUGUGUAGUGGGAAAGAAUCUUUGGAAGAUCUACCUGGACACCUGUUUGAAAUGCAGACCAUCGGACAUAGCUACAGUAUCUAUAAUGGUGUUUAUGCAACAGUUCUUGCUUUGCAUGCCAUGUUCUCAUCUCAAUCCUUCCAGAGACCUAUCAAGAGGGCCAGGUCUGUUGAACUUGAAGAACUUCAGCCUUGGCUGCUCCACCCAUAUCUUCAAAGGGUUUCCUUCAACAAUUCAGCGAAUGACAUGGUGUCCUUUAAUGAGCGAAAGGAAAUAAGAGGGGGAUUUGACAUGGUGAACAUGGUCACUUUUCCAAACAGGUCCUUUGAAAGAGUGAAAGUUGGAUGGAUAGAGCCAGAUGCACCCUGUGGAGAAGAAUUUAGAAUUAGCGAGGACAUGAUUUUGUGGCACAGAGUCUUCAAUCAGGUCUGUCCUCUUUCAGUAUGCAAUGAACAGUGCCAUCCUGGAAAGCAAAUGAAAAAGAAGGAAGGAGAGAAAUUUUGCUGCUAUGAUUGCAUUCCUUGCCCCAAAGGGGAGAUUUCAAACAAGUCAGAUAUGGAAAAAUGCUUCAAAUGUCCAGAAGACCAAUACCCAACCAAAGGAAAAGAUGACUGCAUCCAGAAAAUUGUAACAUACUUUUCUUACAGGGAACCUCUAGGGUUUACUUUGGCCUCCAUUUCUAUUUCAUUGUCAUUGAUCACUGCUCUCAUAUUAGGGAUAUUCCUUAAGCACAGAGAUACCCCUCUGGUCAAAGCCAACAACCGGGACCUCACCUACAUUCUCCUUAUCUCCCUCCACUUCUGCUUCCUGUGUCCUCUCCUGUUCAUUGGUCAACCCGGUGAGGUCACUUGCCUUCUCCGACAACCGACCUUUGGCAUCAUCUUCUCCGUGGCUGUUUCUUGCAUCUUGGCCAAAACCCUCACUGUGGUUGUAGCCUUCAUGGCUACCAGGCCAGGCUCCAACAUGAAGAAGUGGGUGGGGAAAAGGAUGGCAACCUCCAUCGUCCUUUUCUUCUCUCUCAUCCAAGUUGGUCUUUGCGCCAUCUGGCUAGGAUCCUUCCCUCCAUUCCCACAGUUGAACAUGCAUUCUGUGACCAAGGCCAUCUUCAAUGAAUGUAACGAAGGCUCUACGGUCAUGUUCUCCUGUGUCCUAGGCUACAUGGGCUUCCUGGCUCUUGCCAGCUUCUUUGUGGCCUUCUGUGCUCGCAGAUUACCCGACAGCUUCAAUGAAGCCAAAUUCAUUACCUUUAGCAUGCUGGUAUUUUGCAGUGUUUGGGUCCUAUUUGUUCCAACUUACCUGAGCUCCACAGGAAAAGCCUUGUUGGCUGUGGAGAUCUUCUCCAUUUUAGCUUCUAGUGCUGGAUUACUGGGAUGUAUCUUUUUCCCUAAAUGCUACAUCAUCCUGUUGAAACCUGAGCUGAAUACCAAGGAUCAGCUAGUAAGAAGAAAGACCUGA